CAGGUGCAUCGUAUUCGCUAACCGAAUCGGCGAAACGUGCGAAAAUUUAUACAUUUUAACCCAUUCUUGUUGAAUACAAACAGGCAAGUUGUUAACCCGCAACAAGGAAACCAAAGUGCUGCCGCUUAAAAGGGAUCAGCUAGCAGCCGCGUCGUUAUUUGCAUACCUAGUUGUUGGAAGGGAAGAGAUAGAGUCUCCUCGUUUCCUAUCCGUCGCGUGUACACUUUUAGCAGUGAAUUACUUUCGGAGUUUCGUGGGUGUUCCAAGAAGAAGCGUGUUGAGACUGCGUCAGGAAAGAUGGUUAAAGCUAAAAAGGGCAAGAAAGAGAUACUGACCACUGUCGAGGGUGGCUCGUCGGCUGACGAAAUUGAAACCAAUCCUGUCAUUGACUCGGAGGAGAAACUGAGCACAAACAACAAGAAGAAUCAGCAGAAGGGCAAGAAGAAGAACAAGAAUGCCGCAGCUGAUUCGGAUGAAGGCAGCGAUAAUGAUGCUCAGAUUGAGACCAUAACAAAGGGUGUCAAAAAGAUGAAUGUCAAAGGCAAAGGUAAGGCCAAGGCAAAGAAUGUCGACGAUGAAUCCGAUGAAGAGUCAAGUCAAGCCAAAUCAGCUAAGAAGUCAGCAUUUAAUCUCUUGGAUGACGAUGACGACGAUGAGGAUGAAACGCCGGCGCGUCAAAUCUCUUCCGAUGAUGAGGAGGUGACGGCGAAGACACAGAAAAAGAACGAGAAGAAAGGUAAAAAGUCCAAGCGCAAGGGCAAAGGCGAUGACGACGAAGAUCUGGACCAGAUGCUGGCAGAACUGCAGGCGGAGUACGCUGGCGAGGCACCGCAAGCAGCUACCGUUGUAUCCCCCGAGCAACUGGCCGAUGAGUUUUCCAAAAAGUCCAAGUCGAAAAACAAGAAACAACAACCACAAGCGGUGACUGUCGAGGAUGCCGCUCCUGAAGACGAUGACAAUGAGAAUGAUGAUGCUGGUGGCAUGAAGACAGCAGCACAAAAGAAAAAGGAGAAGAAGGAGAGACAAAAACGAGAGGCUGCGCAGGCCAAGCAACGGGCAGCACUUGAACCUAAGCAAAAGCCAACACCUGUGCAGGCACCUGCACCAGAACCUGAACCCGAACCUGAACCGGUUUCAGAGGAUGUGACUCGGCCAGAAGCUGAGGCGGAGGAAGCUGACGAUGGAGGCAAGGCUGGCAAGAAUAAGAAAAAGGGCAAGAAAGAUAAAAAGGCCGAGGCCGAGGAGGAGAAGGAUAAAAAGGACACCAAAAAGAAAGGAAUGUCCGCAGCAAUGGUAGCCGCCAUGCAGGAGCAGCUCAAGAAGCGCAAAGAGGAAGAGGAGCGUCUGGCCAAAGAAGAGGAGGAGCGCCUUCGCCUUGAGGAUGAGCGUGAAGAGGCGCGCUUAGAGGCAGUGCGUUUGGAAGCAGAACGCAAGGAGAAAAAGAAACAAAAGGAGGCUGAGCGAAAGGCUCGCCUUAAGGCUGAAGGCAAAUUGCUGACCAAAAAGCAAAAGGAAGAUCGUGCCCGUGCCCAGGCGCUGCUCGAAUCGCUUAAAGCGCAGGGACUCGAAUUACCCGAUCCUAACGACAGACGUGCAGCCAGGCCAGGAACCCGCAUAAGGCCAAACAAGAAGAAGGGUCCUAAGGAAGAGCCCACCGAAGAAGAAGCCCAGGCGGCGGCCAAGGAAGCGGCCGAAGCAGCAGCAGCUGCUGCUGCAUCUGAUCAAGCGCCCAAGGAAGUCGUUAAGGAGAGUUGGGAUGUCAGUGACAGUGAGCCAGAGCCAGAGGAGGAAUCCUCUCAGGCAACCAACACAACAAACAACAAUGGCAAAAAUGAGGCAGCAGAUGAAGAAGAGACCGAUGAAGACGACGACGACGAUAGCGACGAUGAAAGCGAUGACUCAGACGAGGAAAGCGAUGUGUCCGAAAAAGAAGACACUACGGCCAAUGAUCCCGAAUCGCGUCGCUUACGCGCUGAGGCACGCAUUAUUAAACGCCAAGCAGAGGCUGAGAAGAAGCGAACUACAGAUGAGCUGCGUGCCGGUGUUGUUUGUGUUCUCGGCCAUGUGGACACGGGUAAAACGAAGAUCUUGGACAAACUGCGACGCACACAUGUGCAGGAUUCGGAGGCGGGCGGCAUUACUCAACAGAUUGGUGCCACCAAUGUGCCCAUCGAUGCCAUCAAGGAACAAACGAAAUAUGUGAAAAAUGGUGCCAGCUUCGUGCAUCGUCUUCCCGGACUGCUGAUCAUUGAUACACCCGGCCACGAAUCGUUUAGUAAUCUGCGCAAUCGCGGUUCCUCUCUCUGUGAUAUUGCAAUUCUGGUUGUGGACAUUAUGCACGGUCUUGAGCCGCAGACCAUUGAAUCCAUACAGCUGUUGAAAAAGAAGAAAUGUCCAUUCAUUGUGGCCCUGAACAAGAUUGAUCGUCUGUAUGACUGGCAAGUUCUGCCUCGCCGUGAUGUCCGCGACGUGAUCAAGGAGCAGCAGAGCAACACUCAAUUGGAGUUCCAGCAGCGCACUAAGGAUGUUAUCCUACAAUUUGCCGAGCAGGGUCUGAACGCAGCUCUGUUUUAUGAAAACACAGAUCCCAAGACUUAUAUCUCCCUUGUGCCCACUAGCGCCAUCACUGGCGAAGGAAUGGGAAAUUUGCUAUUUAUGAUUACGGACUUUUGUCAAAAUAUGCUGGCCAAGCGUCUCAUGUACUCAGAGGAGCUGCAGGCCACGGUGCUGGAAGUGAAAGCUAUUCCCGGCCUGGGCACCACCAUCGAUGCCAUUCUGAUCAACGGCAAAUUGCGUGAGGGUCAAACAAUGAUUUUGGCUGGCACAGAUGGGCCAAUAACCACACAGAUUCGUUCGCUCCUGAUGCCACAGCCUAUGAAGGAGCUGCGGGUGAAGAACGCCUAUGUCGAGUACAAGGAAGUGAAGGCGGCUCAAGGUGUUAAAAUCGCUGCCAAGGAUCUGGAGAAAGCCAUUGCUGGCAUCAAUCUGCUAAUUGCGCACAAACCCGACGAAGUCGAAAUAUGCAAAGAGGAAGUUGCCCGCGAACUGAAGAGCGCCCUGAGUCACAUCAAGUUGGCUCAGUCAGGCGUCUAUGUGCAGGCCUCUACUUUGGGUUCACUGGAAGCUUUGCUUGAGUUUCUGCGCACUUCCAAGAUUCCGUACUCCGCCAUUCGCAUCGGUCCCGUAGUCAAGCGUGAUGUGAUGAAGGCUUCAACUAUGCUAGAACAUGAAGCACAAUAUGCAACAAUCUUGGCAUUCGAUGUGAAAGUGGAGCGAGAGGCUCAGGAAAUGGCAGAUUCGUUGGGUGUUAAAAUCUUCCAAGCGGACAUUAUCUAUCAUCUGUUUGACAAGUUCACCGCCUUCCGUGAGGAGUUAAAGCAGAAGAAACGCGAAGAGUUCCGAUCGAUAGCUGUAUUUCCAUGCAAAUUAAAGAUACUGCCACAAUUCAUAUUCAACAGCCGCGAUCCGAUUGUCAUGGGCGUUAUGGUAGAAAAUGGCAUAGUUAAAGUGGGAACGCCAAUCUGUGUGCCCAGCAAAGAGUUUGUGGACAUUGGCAUAGUCACCUCUAUUGAAUCGAAUCACAAGAAUAUUGAAUUCGCGCGCAAAGGUCAAGAGAUUUGUAUUAAAAUAGAACCGAUUCCCGGGGAAUCACCCAAAAUGUUUGGACGUCACUUUGAGGCCGAUGAUAUGCUGGUUAGCAAGAUAUCACGCCAGAGCAUUGAUGCUUGCAAGGACUAUUUCCGUGAUGAUUUAAUAAAGGCCGAUUGGGCGUUGAUGGUCGAGCUGAAGAAGCUCUUUGAGAUUCUCUAAACAUCACGUACAACAACAAGCAACAACAACAAAAAUAUCUGUAACUGCAACUGCAACUGCAACAACAAGAAGAACCGCAAUUAUGUACUUGUAACCCAACUCAACUACAGACUGCUUGAAGAUUUUACUUUGUGCGGUAUUUUUUGUAGGUUUUAUGUAGUUUUAUGGUUUGUUGUCUCGCUUACAAUGUGUGCUUAAAAGGUUUUAAAUCAAAUUUGUAAAUGCUUUUUGCACAACAGCAAACAACAAUUUUUUGCCUGCGAUUUUUUGUUACGCCUGAAUAAAGAAAAAGAAAAUAAAAAGUUGUAAAAAAAAAAUGUGAAGAAGAAACUACA